AUGGCCCUCUGCGCAACCGCCAAUUCCCGAACGCGGCAGAGCCUGGCCGAAAGCAAGGCCUCCCCUCGCUCCUUUUCCAUCGAGAGCAUUUUGGGACUAGAACCGAAGAAGGAGAGCAGCCCAGCCAUCCCUCCCGCCAGACCCUGGACAGAUCCCUGCCGCCCCUUAGGAGAAGAUGGAAAUCCAUGCCUAUCCAUCCCCAUCUUUCCCAGCAACAGCCUGCUCCCUCACCCUGGGAAUUAUCCUAUACCAGAAGAAAGAAUCUUGAAAUUUGAGAAAUAUGUGUCAGCCUCAGAAAGACUGUCUUUUAAAAGAGAGCUGAGUUGGUAUCGAGGCAGGAGACCAAGAACUGCUUUUACUAGGAACCAGAUUGAAGUACUGGAAAAUGUCUUUAGAGUAAACUCCUACCCUGGUAUUGACGUCAGAGAAGACUUGGCUCGGAAAUUGAAUUUGGAGGAAGACAGAAUCCAGAUUUGGUUCCAAAAUCGCCGGGCAAAGCUGAAAAGAUCCCACAGAGAAUCCCAGUUCCUAAUGGUGAAAAACAAUUUAAAUACAAACCUCUCCAAAUAG